CGGGCCGCCAUUUUAUAUCGAGAGAGUUGCGUGAAACGUAGAAUACGGUGUCGCGUAUUUUUGUCAAUAAAAAUGGUUAAUCCGGCAAGUAUGUUCAGUCGCCAAGCGGUGAGGAGAUUUACGACGAGCUCGAUUCGCAGGAGCGAUCAUCACGAUCCUUACGAUGGCAUGCCUGGAUACAACUUCCCAUUUAGCACACAAAAUAGACACAGACUGCUAGCUCUAUUCAUGGUCUUCUGCGGAAGUGGAUUCUCCAUUCCCUUCUUGAUGGUCCGUCAUCAUUUAAAGAAAUAAAUUUCUAAUUAAUUGUCGCAGAUAUGUUGUGAUGCUAUAGUUUAGUGUACCAAUGCUGCGAGCAUCAUUCGACUAUGCGAUAAUCGUUAUUAGAAGCUGUAUGUGUUUAUAAUAAAGGUGAUUUAUUAACAUUUCAA